UGCGCGAAUGUGAACGCGGCCAGAUGUCCACACUUCGCGCUGUCCGAGCCACCUACAAAAGGCGCUCCCGAGUUUUGGUUUCCGAACCUUUGUUUCGUCUCCGUGCCUGAUCCCGCGGUCAUCGUAGCGAGAUGUUGGGCAGUGUCGCCACAUAAGUGCGAAGCAAGAGCUCGUUCCGACACAACGACGGAGGGAGGAGAAUGGCGACCUUGAGAUGCGUGCCAUCAGCCGUGUUUCGUGGACGUGCAGGCCGGCUGCGGCAUUGCGGGAGAAGCGCCGGCCGCCUCGGCACGCGGCACCUGAGCACCAAAACGGACACGCGUGUGCCCGAGAAGGAGGCGGCCACCGAGGUGCUACCUUCCACCGUCGAGGUGGCUGUUAUCGGAGGUGGCGCCGUGGGCACCAGCCUCACCUACCACUUGGCCAGGCUGGGCCACCCGAGUGUCGUGCUGCUCGAGAAAAGUGAGCUGACGGCAGGCUCGACGUGGCACGCGGCUGGCCUUGCGGCGCUCUACCACCCGGGUAUCAACAUGAAGAGGAUCCACUACGACAGCAUCAACCUGUUCGCCGCUCUGCAACUGGACACUGGACGAGACCUCGGUUUUCACCGUCCAGGCAGCAUCCGACUUGCGUCGGAUCCGACUAGGAUGGACGAGUUUCGGUACCAGAUGCAGCGCCAAGGUUGGAACAAGGCGCCGCAGAAGCUGGUCACCGUCGACGAGAUCAAGCAGCACGUACCUUUCAUCAACGUGGACAAGGUGCUGGGAGGCCUGUACAAUCCGGCAGAUGGUCACAUCGACCCGUACUCGCUGACCAUGGCCAUGGCCUCUGAAGCCAAACGGUACGGGGCGCGCAUCUUCCAGGGCACGGUGGUGCAGGGUCUCUCCAUGGACCACAGGGACGGCCGAUGGCUGGUCGAGACGAGUCGAGGACCUGUACGUGCGAAGCACGUCGUCAACUGUGCCGGAUUCUGGGCCCACGAGGUAAAUGCCCUGGCUGGCGUCGACCUCCCACUCGUUCCCAUUCACCAUCAGUACUUCAUCACAAGCUCCAUACCAGAAGUGAAGAAUCUCAAGAAGGAAUUCCCCGUCCUCAGGCAUCUCGAGGGCGGCUUCUACAUGCGGCAAGAGCGUGACGGCCUGCUCAUAGGUCCUUACGAGCACCAGGAUAAAAUGAAGAUAUGUGAUGACUGGGUCACCGAUAAGGUGCCUCCCGGCUUCGGAAGGGAGCUUUUCAACCCGGAUUUGGAUCGGCUGAUGGAGCACAUCGAGUCCGCCAUGGAGUUGGUUCCGGCGCUGAGGAAUGCCGAAAUCCGCACCACGGUGUCCGGGCCCAUCACGUACACGGCCGACAGCCUGCCCUGUAUCGGACCCAUGCCCCGAUUCCCGAAUUACUGGGUGGCCGUCGGAUUCGCGUACGGCAUCAUUCAUUCUGGUGGAGCGGGCCGGUAUCUGGCCGAGUGGAUGACAAAGGGAGAACCACCAUACGACCUGAUCGAAACCGACCCGGGUCGCUUUGGAAAAUGGGCCACAAGGUCGUAUCUGUUCACCAAGUCGAAGGAAACAUACGGCAUGAACAACAGCUUCACGUUUCCGAAGGAGGAGCGCUGGGCGGGCAGACCGACGGAACGAACGAGUGGCAUCCACGAUCUGCUGGUCGAGCGUGGAGCCGAGAUGGGAUUCCACGCUGGUUGGGAACAGCCGGCGUGGUUCUCUAAGCCUAGUGACGUCGCCGGAUACCAGCCCAGUUUCCGGCGCAGCAACUGGUUCGAGCCGAUGAAGCGUGAAUGUCGCAGCGUCCUCGACAAUGUCGGGGUCAUCGACCUGACGCCGUUUGCCAAGCUCGAAGUGACCGGCAAGGGAGCCAGCCGAUUCCUCGACAAGCUUCUGGCAAAUAAACUUCCGGCUGUGAACUCCAUCAACAUCUCGCACAUGCUGACGCCCAGAGGUAGAGUCUACGCCGAGGUGACGGUGACCAGACUGGGGGAAAAUCGCUACCUCAUCAUCACGGGAUCCGGCUCGGAGCUUCACGACCUUAGGUGGAUGGAGGAACACACUAGGCUCUGGAAGAUGGAUGACGUCCACAUUGGCAACGUCACCGAGAGCGUAGCAGCGCUCGGCAUAGCGGGUCCGCAUUCGGCCAACGUCCUGGCGUCACUCACGGAUGCGCCUCUGAGUGACGACAAAUUUCCUUUCCUGCAUGCAAGGCAGAUCAGCAUUUCCGGCAUACCCGUGACCGCCUUGCGGGUAUCCUACACCGGUGAGCUCGGAUGGGAACUCUAUCACGACCGAAAGCACACCUCGGCCCUGUACAACCAACUGCUCCGAUUCGGCGAGCCGUACGACAUAACAGAUUUCGGGACCUACGCUUUAAAUAGCCUGCGCAUCGAGAAAGGCUUUAGGCUUUGGGGCGCUGACAUGACCGUCGACACCAACCCAUUUGAAGCCGGUCUUGGACCGUUUGUCAGGAUGAAAAAGCCUGCAGACUUUGUAGGAAAGACAGCUCUUCAAGAAAUCCUGCGCGAAGGACUGUCGCGGAAACUGGUUCACCUAACCGUAGACGCCACCGACGUUGACCCAGAAGGCAACGAAUCCGUCUGGUGCUCAGACAAGGUGGUCGGGUACACAACUUCCGGAUCUUACGGAGUCCAGACUGGGCAGAGCCUGGCGAUGGCCUAUCUCCCAAUGUACCUCGCCAUUCCCGGAAGCGAGGUGCAAGUGGAACUGCUGGGCAAGCUCUGUCGGGCCACAGUCUUGCCAUCGGCGCCAGUUCCCGUGCAAGUCAAGAGAGAAAAGCACCGAGAACAGGCAGCUGAUUGGCUGUCUUUCAAGCAAGCCAAACACCGUCCAUGUGCCGUGGAACAAUGCUCACUUAGUCAUCAAUGGAGACGAUCGAGUGUUCUUUUGAUGGGUGACUUAAUUGCGUGUACCUGAAACCUCCUUCUUGCUUGUGUCCAGGAUGACCAACAAUACUGUGUUCAUUAAAGGCCCUAUGCAUGUGAGAAAGAGGGUGAAGGAGAAGAAAAGGACA